AUGGCGAUGACGUCGGGAUUCGGGUUGCAGUCGCUGCUCAAGGAAGGGCACAAGCACCUGACGGGGUUAGAGGAGGCGGUGCUGAAGAACAUCGAGGCGUGCAAGCAGCUCUCGCACAUCACGCGCACGUCGUUGGGACCAAAUGGCAUGAACAAGAUGAUCAUCAAUCAUCUCGACAAGCUGUUCGUGACGAGCGACGCGGCGACCAUAGUGGCGGAGCUGGAGGUGCAGCACCCGGCGGCGAAGCUGGUGGUGCUGGCGGCCAAGGCGCAGCAGGAGGAGGUCGGCGACGGCGCCAACACGGUGGUUUCCUUAGCGGGGGAGUUAUUGGCUGGUGCAGAGGAGCUCAUUCGAUCCGGGCUGCACCCGAGCGAGAUCAUUGCUGGAUAUGCCAAGGCGACUGACAAGGUUCUGGAGGAGUUAGAGACGCUGGUGGCGGAGGGCAGUGACAAGGUGGACGUGCGCAGCAAGGUGGAGGUGGAGAAGCGCCUGGUGUCUGCUGUGGCCAGCAAGCAGUUCGGCAGCGAGCCCGUGCUGUGCCCUCUCAUUGCCGAUGUGGACGUGCGCAGCAAGGCAGAGGUGGAGAAACGGCUGGUGGCAGCUGUGGCCAGCAAGCAGUUCGGCAGCGAGCCCGUGCUGUGCCCUCUCAUUGCCGAUGUGGACGUGCGCGGCAAGGUGGAGGUGGAGAAGCGCCUGGUGUCUGCUGUGGCCAGCAAGCAGUUCGGCAGCGAGCCCGUGCUGUGCCCUCUCAUUGCCGAUGUGGACGUGCGCAGCAAGGCAGAGGUGGAGAAACGGCUGGUGGCAGCUGUGGCCAGCAAGCAGUUCGGCAGCGAGCCCGUGCUGUGCCCUCUCAUUGCCGAUGUGGACGUGCGCAGCAAGGUGGAGGUGGAGAAGCGCCUGGUGUCUGCUGUGGCCAGCAAGCAGUUCGGCAGCGAGCCCGUGCUGUGCCCUCUCAUUGCCGAUGUGGACGUGCGCUGCAAGGUGGAGGUGGAGAAGCGCCUGGUGUCUGCUGUGGCCAGCAAGCAGUUCGGCAGCGAGCCCGUGCUGUGCCCUCUCAUUGCUGACGCGUGCAUGCAGGUGUGUCCCGGCAACCCCAACAAUUUCAACGUGGAUAAUGUGCGAGUGGCCAAGAUACUGGGGGGCGGCCUGCAUGACUCCAAGGUGGUGCGAGGCAUGGUGCUCAAAACGGACUCCACGGGGACCAUCAAGCACGCAACUAAGGCCAAGAUCGCGGUGUUUGGAACGGGCAUCGACACGCAAGCCACGGAGACCAAGGGCACUGUGCUCAUUGAGAAUGCCGAGCAGCUGGAGAACUAUGCCAAGUCAGAGGAAGCACGGGUGGAGCAGGCGAUCAGGGAGGUGGCGGAGUCAGGGGCGACGGUGGUGGUGAGCGGACAGACGGUGGGCGAGAUGGCUCUGCACUUCUGCGAGCGAUACAAGCUCAUGGUGCUCAAGAUCUCUUCCAAGUUUGAGCUUCGGCGGUUCUGCCGCACCACUGGUGCUGUCUCCCUGGUGAAGCUACAGAAGCCAACAGCGGACGAGCUUGGCUUUGCAGACUCUGUUUCCGUGCAGGAGAUAGGCGGCAGCACGGUGGUGGUGGUGGAGAAUGAGUCGGGCGGCAAUCUGGUGGCGACGGUGGUGCUGCGCGGCAGCACGGACAGCAUAUUGGAUGAUGUGGAGAGGGCCGUGGACGAUGGCAUUAACACGUACAAGGCGCUGUGCCGUGACAGCCGGGUGCUGCCUGGGGGAGGUGCGACUGAGAUCGAGCUGGCGAGGCGCCUCAAGCAGUUUGCACGGACACAAGUGGGUCUGGACCAGUAUGCGAUCGACAAGUACAGCGAGGCACUAGAGGUCAUUCCGCGCACGCUGGCGGAGAACGCCGGCAUGGACGUCACUGAGAUUCUCUCCGCGCUCUAUGCUGCCCACUCCGGUGGGCCGGAUGGCACGGGCGGCAAUUUCCGUGUGGGAGUGGAUGUGACGGGUGCGGGCGUGAGGGACCUCACAACUGACAAUAUUUGGGACCUUUUUGCCACAAAGUAUUGGGCCAUCCGGUUUGCUGCAGACGCAGUGACUACGGUUCUUCGGGUGGACCAGAUCAUCAUGGCCAAGGUUGCUGGUGGUCCUCGUCGGGGCGAUAGGCCAAUGGACGAGAGUGAAGAUUAG